UGGGGAGACCAUGCAUGGAUCUAUGCUGUUACGAGGAUGGCGUUCUUCUGCUCUGUCUGUCGCAGCGGGUAUUUCGGAGUGGGCAUUGGCGACUCCGAUGGAUAUUUCGGUUCUGGUCCAUGAGAUUCAUGUUGAUGAUGAUGAUGAUGAUGGUAUUAAUCACGAUGAUGAACAACUGACGCAAAACUCCCAGUGGAAACCUAUAUCCGCCGUGUUCCGAGUCAGAAAGGCUGAAGAUGGACCCUGAUUCGAAGCUCUCAUGCGACCACGACGAAACCCAGACCUUCCCUGGGCUUCCGACAUGCCCAAUGAUUCAUGAUGGAUUAUUAUCGUCGGCUCUGAAACCCUGGAAGGCGAUGGAACGAACACAUGGCAAACUGACCGUCCCGAAACCAAAAAAAUUACAGAUACUCUGGUACGGGUGGAGUAAUGGUUCCAAGUGAAGGAAAUGAGAUUCCCCACUGUUCAUUCCGCGCCGUUGGCAAAAAAAAAAGUGGGAACAAC